AAAUGAGAGUAGGAAUACACUGACUCUAAAAUGUGUGCUCCAUCUCCUGGAUCAAGCUGCAAUCAACCCAUGAAGAAUCUGGCCUCUGUCUUCAGUGAUGAAACAGUGGUCUAUGACCUCAGUAUCAGCAGUAGUGAGAGGCAGAUAUCAGAGUCUCCAGAACCCAGCUGUGUGUCUGUGAAAAGUAACGCAUCCAUGAUGGAACCCCUUAAAUUCAGUGAUGGACCAGGGACCUCUAACCCUCCUAUCAGCAGUAGUGAGAGGCAGAUAUCAGAGUCUCCAGAACCCAGCUGUGUGUCUGUGAAAAGUAACACAUCCAUGAUGGAACCCAUUAAAUUCAGCGAUGGACCAGGGUCCUCUAACCCUUCCAGGGGAGAGAUAUAUGAUCUGAACAAAUCUUUACCAUACUCUGCAUCCCACUAUCAGCACCAUAUCAGAAUGAAUAAAAAUGUUUCUUACCUUCUGACCCACAAAAAAACAAUUAAUAAAACACACAGUCUGUUGGAAGAGACUGAAGCCCUGAUACAGGAUUCUCACCAAUCAGUAGAUGAUGUCCUUCAGAGAUUCAAAUACCAGCACAAAACCACCAUGAAAAACAAGCAUGAGAGAUUAUCUGAGGGAAACAAACAGGAGAAUGUAACCCUCCUGAACAGGAUCUAUACGCAGCUCUACAUCAUAAAGGGAGAGAGUGAAGGAGUGAAUGAAGAACAUGAGGUUUUACAGAUGGACAAAACAUCCAGAACACAACACUCACAAGACACUUCAAUCUACUGCAGUGACAUCUUUAAAGCUUCACCUGAGCCAGAAUCUGAGGAGAAAGAGCAGAUCAAGACUGUUCUUACUAACUGA